UAUUUUUAAAUAUAUAUAUUUCAUUAAUUUUACAAAAGCUAUAUUAGUUCAUUACUAAUUGCUAAAUAUACAAAGUACAGACUGAAGGGAAUAAAAGGGAGACCGAUGGGGAUAGAGGAAACCCUAAAGUAUAUUAAACAUAUAAAUAGACCAAGUAGGUAUCAAAGAAGACCAAAGGAUAACCAAGGAAGCUGGGAGGCACUUAAGUCACAAUCUACCAGGGAGACUAAAGGUUGAAGAAAAUGAUGAUUGUUGGCGUUUUCAUAUUAUUUUUAAAAUCCAAGUUCAUAUGGGAGUGUAUUUAUUUUUUGAGUCAAAUUGUUAUGAUUCUUAAUCAGAAUAGAGCAAAUGACUUAAAGGUUUUGCACAUUACUUAAAGGUUCCCUUAUAUUCUCUUUGCAUACCUUCAAACCUAUUGGUAGUUUUUUUCAUCAGCUAAGUUGUUUAAUGCUUAAAAUCAGCAAACUAUUGUUUUUACUUUUUUUCUUCUUAUUUCAUUCCAUAUUUUUGAUAUUCUUAUUUUAUAUUUUAAGUUUUUUGUGUUAUUUGUUUACAAAGAAAUAAAAGAUUCACAUCAGGUGUAUUUACUGAAUUUACUAUAUCUAUUCUUUGACUGACUUGUGCAUAUUACAACAUAAUUGAAUGAAGAAAUGUCUCUAUCUCCCAAAUACUUUUAUUGCGAGUUUAUUACAAGUUGUUAAAAUUAAGUAUGUAAAGAAUUUUUAUACCUACAAAAACGACAAAGGAGCACUAUAAAAAAAUUAUUUUUUUUUUUUGUUUUAUGAAAAUAGAUGAAUAUAAAUUAAAAAUAUGGCUUCAAUCAUAUUGAGACAAAACUUUAAAUCAAAUGGGAGAAAUAUUCUAUUGUUAGUUUUUGAUAAUUUCUCCCAAAAUAAUAUCACAGUUUUAAAUUCUUUGAGUCAUAUACAAAAACGGUUUGCAGGCCAUUCGAAAUGGUCAAAUAUUAAAUUUAAAAAGAUGCACAUUGACAAUGCGAGAGCAAAGGUAUUUGGUAAACUUUCUAUGGAAAUUAUUCAAGCUGUCAAAGAUAAUGGCCCUGAUGUCAAAUUUAACUCAAAGUUGGCUCAACUUGUUUCAAAAGCAAAAGCCUCUUGUAUGCCUAAAGAAAAAAUUGAAACCUCCAUUAAAAAUGCAUUAAGAGAAACAGAUGAAAAAUACAUUAGUUUUAUGUUACAGGCUCGUGGACCUGGUAAAUGUGGAUUAAUCAUUGACCUCUUUACUCCAAAUCCUCUUCGAAGCAAAGCUGAAAUCAAAAGUAUUCUUAAAAAAAAUGAUUGUACCUUCAUUGAAGAUGGCUCUGUUGCAUUUAUGUUUGAAAAAAAAGGAGUUGUUAGUGUGCAGGAGAAUUCAUUGCAAGAUUUAUCAUCAAAGGACAAGGCUGAAGAAUUAGCAAUAUUAAUUGGUGCUGAGAGCGUAGAGUUUAACAACAUUAAUAAUGUCAAUGUUGUACAAUUUAUAUGCGAUCCACUUGAGUUUAUUUCCGUUGAACGAGCUAUUAUUGAAUUGCAUCCUAACAUUUCAAUUUUAUCAGCUGAUGUGCAAUACUUGGCUAAAUCGUUAAUCGAUCUUACAGAGGAACAUGUUAAACGAAGCGAUCUUGUAAUUGAAGCUUUAUCGGAACAUCCAGAUGUACUUACAAUAUACGACAACAUAAUUGGCUACCCAAGCACGACAAUUAAGCGAGAUGUUAUAUUUUAACUGAUAAUAGCUUUUAUACAAUUAUAUUUUAAGUGAGCUCCGAGAAAUGUUAUUGUUAAAAUAAUUAGUUACAUUUUCUUGGAUGCAAGUAUAUUCUUCAUUUUUCUCUUGUA